ACUCACCUAAUCUCGUAGAAAAUUCAGAGCCUGUGGCCGCUUCCAUUUUCUAGAUGUCGGCAAGAAUCUGUCUCAGCGAGCUAGCUAUAAACCCCCUUGUGCGAUACCCAGCCAUGCUCAUCAUGCAUCAGCAGCAGCAGCACGAAACCCUGUAGUAGCCUGCCAUGACUACGCGCUGCUGCCUGGUCGUCGCCACUCUCCUCGCGGCGCUGCUCUCGGUCAGUGCCAGCCUCGAGUUCGGUUUCUACAACAAGACGUGCCCCAGCGCCGAGACCAUCGUGCAGCAGACCGUGGCCGCCGCGUUCACCAACAACUCCGGCGUCGCUCCGGCGCUCCUCCGCAUGCACUUCCAUGACUGCUUCGUCAGAGGCUGCGACGGCUCGGUGCUGAUCGACUCCACGGCCAACAACAAGGCGGAGAAGGACUCGAUCCCCAACAGCCCGAGCCUGAGGUUCUUCGACGUGGUGGACCGCGCCAAGGCGUCCCUGGAGGCGCGGUGCCCCGGCGUGGUGUCCUGCGCCGACAUCCUCGCCUUCGCGGCCAGGGACAGCGUCGUGCUCACCGGCGGCCUCGGCUACAAGGUGCCGUCCGGACGCCGUGACGGCCGGAUAUCCAAUGCCACGCAGGCCCUGAACGAGCUGCCCCCGCCCUUCUUCAACGCCACCCAACUCGUCGACAACUUCGCCUCCAAGAACCUCAGCCUCGAGGACAUGGUUGUCCUCUCCGGCGCACACACCAUCGGCGUCUCGCACUGCAGCAGCUUCGCCGGAAUUAACAACACAGGCGACCGGCUCUACAACUUCAGUGGCUCAUCCGACGGGAGCAUUUGCCCGUCAAACAGCGGCCGGUUCUUCCCCAACACGACGACGUUCAUGGACCUCAUCACGCCGGCCAAGUUCGACAACAAGUACUACGUCGGCCUCACCAACAACCUGGGCCUCUUCGAGUCGGACGCGGCGCUGCUGACCAACGCAACCAUGAAGGCGCUGGUCGACUCCUUCGUGCGCAGCGAGGCCACGUGGAAGACCAAGUUCGCCAAGUCCAUGCUCAAGAUGGGGCAGAUCGAGGUGCUCACGGGGACGCAGGGCGAGAUCAGGCGCAACUGCAGGGUCAUCAACCCUGCUAAUGCCGCCGCCGACGUCGUCCUUGCCCGUCAGCCAGGUUCAUCAGGAUCCACUGGAGUGGCUACAAGCUAACCAUAUCUCGGUGUGUCUGCAGUGUGUUUGGUGUGGGAUGUGAUAUAGUAUAUUGCAAUAAUCUAGAAAACUGAAGAAGAAGCAGGUGAUGACCACACUCUGUAGUGCAUCACGCGGUGCGUGUUCAUUUAACCGUGGCGUUUGAUUGUGAGGAUGAAAUAAAACACAUGUAUGACCACAUCUGAUUAUUAGUGAUACAAAAAAAACUUGAUUGAACA